ACGCAGCCAACUGCUUCGAUGAUUGACAGCUGGACAUUGUGGCUGAGUGAAUAACUCACAGGCGACAGGCCAACAGGCCAGCAGGCCGACUGGCCGCUUGAUUUAUGGGGGCGUGCCCCGGACAGCCGUGCCUUGGCGCUCAAUUAAAAGGGAACCAAAGUCAAAAGUCGCCGAGAGACAUGGGAAACCCACGACUCCCUCCUAGCUGCGCUGGAUUAACACAUCUCCCGGGGCAACCCUCGCAGCCCCCAUGGCAAGGUCUUCUGCUCGGAGGCUGGCCUGUCAUAUAAAUCAAGCAUAAUCAACGCGAAAUGCGGCUGGCUCUCCAUAGAUGGACUCCGAUGCGAGAUUCCCGGAUAAGCUG